AUGAUCUCUUUGAUGUUUCCACGGUCACCUUUGUGCACAGUAUUUAUAGCAUUCUACACUUGUGUGUGCAUUCCCUUAGAGAGGUUGAAGAAGCAGUGUAGAUUUGCUCAACCGCAAAACAAUGACGGUAAUUACCAACUAACCGGUUUCAUGUUUGGGGACAAGCAAAAGAAGAAGGAAGAGGAAGAGGAAGAGGAGAAGAUAUGCUGCUCAAUAUGCCUUGUGGAUUAUGAAGCUGAAGAUGCAGUGACACAUCUCCCAAGAUGCAAUCAUCUCUUCCAUAUCAAUUGCAUUGAACCUUGGCUUCUCAGUGGCCAUCUCACUUGCCCUCUCUGCAGAUCUUUUGUAUUCUCUUCUCAUCCUCCUCCUACACGCAUCAAUGUCAAUACUUCCCCCUUCUCUUUCACUUUCUAUCUCUCUUUCUUUUUUUGCUUGUUGUUUCUUCAUCACCUGCUUGGAUGUUUGUUGUAG